AUGGGUUCGCAUGGUACUGGAACGAAUCCGGUGCCUGUCUCAGCACCGGUAGUUACGCCGCCGGUUGUGACAUUCUCUCGUGGCUUGCCCAUCCCUGGUACUCGUGACGCUCCGUUGUUUAACGGACGGUAUAUCAAUGAUUUCUUGACUACGCUGCAUAAGCAUGCAGAGGCCGCUGGUCUGCAAGAAGACAAGCUGCCUUCGCUUAUUUAUCAGUACUGCACGGACGAGGUCAAAGCAGUCAUCCGUUAUUCAAAGGAGCUUGAGGAUACGAGCACUUGGGCUGUGGCCAAGAAGCACCUCCUCGAUCUCUAUGGCUCUCUAGACGAACCUUCUCUCGUCUCUAUCGACACUGUUCUUUCUUUCUGUCGUCAGGCAGGUCUUGGUGCACGCUUCAAUUCGCGUCAGGACUUGGCGAGUUAUCAUCGGCAGUUUCAUGCGAUGUCAGCUCCCUUGAUCAAGAAGAAUCUCUGGACAACAACGGAGGCGAACUUACAUUUCUUCAAAGGCUUGCCUAGCGAGCAUCGCACGUACAUUUACCAGAACGUUGAUGCUAAGUUCCGCACUCGUACGAAUCCUCCGACGAUUGAUACCUGUGUUCAGUUAGUGUCUGUGCUAUUUGACCCGGAUCAGAUCAAUGCUUUGGAGCCUGAGCCGUUGACAGGACAUGACUUGUUGACUGAUGAACCGUUGCAGAAGACUGUUCGUUUUGAGCAGACACCUCCGCCUCAGCCUGUCAGGGUUGAGACGGCUGUGCCUCCUCAAACAACAGCACAGGCUUCUGCGAACAUAGACGAUUUGACUCAUCGUUUCCGAGAGCUUUCGCUUCAAAUGGCACAGUUACUAGCCAUGCAGGCUGCUGCGAUACCGGUCGGUGCAGGGAAGCCUAACCAGCAACCCUCGAAUCAGCCGCCACAGUCGGAUUUUCAUAGGCGGUGCUUCAUGUGCGGACAGGCAGGAAUGCACCCGGAGAGACUUCGUAACUGUCCGGAGACUACCAAGCUCGUGAACGAGGGCUUUAUCAAGUUUGACUUUGAUUCAAAUCGGUUUGUAUUGUCAAGUGGUGUCGAGCUUCCGCAGGCACCUAGAGGUAUUGCUGGCGGUUUGGCUGCAUACAUCAGGUCUGCAUUUAUGUCACUCGGAAAGGGUACGACAACGGGGACAGCGAAAGGCAAGGAGGUCGAACGUGAUCCUCCGCCUCAUCAGUCCGGCUCGUUCGGUAGUUCAGCUGCUGGUUUGAUUGUCGACGGUCAAUCUGUGUUUGAGGGCGAUGUUUUUGCUGUUUCAUCUUUUAGUGAUCCGUCUCAUGAAGUAUACUCAGUCUCAUCAGCAGAUCUCGAAGCCUUUCCAGCGACACGCUCACAGACCUCACGCGAUGCGGCACGCGAUCAAGCAGCUCCGUACUCACGCCCACCAGCUAAGUCUUCGAAUAAUCCGUCUCCUACUGCUCAGCGUACUGCCAAAACGACACAGGAUCAGGCAAAUUCAACCAUUCGUCCUCCUCUCGCUACAUCUCUCAGGCCAGCAACUUCAACUCCUCGUCCGAAUAUCCCUCCUAGCGCGCCUCAACCUCCACCAGUCAAUACACAGGUACCCGCGCGAAAGACGAACCCCGCUCCACCUCCUGCUGCACAAGAUAUCAACAUGAAGGACACACCGGCGAAGAAAGGACCACAGUUUCACUUUACCACUGACAUACAGGAUCGAUACUCACCGGAUGAUAUCGAGAAGAAGGUUUGGAAUCAGUCGAUUAUGCUGUCAAUCGGCGAACUAGUCAGUGUAGCACCGGUAUUGCAGAAGAGGAUUUCGACGGCCACUCAGACGCGUCGUCAAUACUUGAAUAAUGCAGGUGAGUACGAACUUUAUACCGCUGAAGCUGAACGUCUGUUGGCAGAGGAAUAUUCGUCUUCGUGCGUCGAGCCCGGAGAUCAAUUCUGUGUGACUGAUCCUGAAGAGUUAAGUUCGUUCCUUGUUACCUACUCGAAUGCGGUGACUCUUCGUCCCACUAGAUUCUUCGCAAUGACGACCGGUCAGUUUGAAGCACGUCUCGGUAACCUGCCUUCUGUUCGUUUCAUGGUCGAUACCGGGUCAGAGCUCAACUUGAUGCCGGAACGUUUGGUCAAUGAGGCUGGUCUCCCUGUAGACUUCGAGGGUUCGCGUUGGGCUUUGAAGGGAGUGAAUGGCGGUCCAGUUCGUCUACUCGGUUGUUGCAUGGAUGUCCCUAUCGUCAUUGGUACGCACAAUUUUGACCAUCACUUCUUUGUCAAGUCAGAGGAUACUGGCACUCGUUAUGAUGUUAUUCUAGGGCAGCCUUGGAUUCAAUGGUACGCUACCCAGAUAAAUUACAAUCGUGCUGGGAAGAUGUGGAUGAAUAUUUGGAAGGAUGGUGAUCGUGAGUCUCAACCUACUCUGCAGAUUACACUAACUCGGCCAGACAACGAUCGGAACUCGGAGAAACUGGUCAUGUCCGCCACUACUCCAGGUCGCCAAGGUCCUAAGUCUCCAGGUACGCCUAUUUAUCUCAGCCCGAGCAAUACUGGUGUUUCAGAGUCCGUUUCUGGUUCGGUGGUAAGGCCGUCAAUGCCGCGCAUCGAGGAAGUAUUUGAGGAGGCGGAUUUUCCGAACGGCGUUGGGCCAACGGCUCAGCGCUGA